UUUACGAUAUUAUAGAAUAAAACUAUCAUAAAACGCAUAAUCAGUUCUGUAAAAUCAAUUUUAAUAUUUCUAUACGACAUUAUUUCCCUUAUAAAGUUAACAUGUAUAGGUGUAUAGUAUUUAUGUACAAAGUUUAUUCCUAAUCGUAUAGUUAUGUUUGUAACUUUUGACAAAAGCAGGAAAGAAGUGACCAUUUCGGAAUAUUCGAAAAACUUUGUGGUUAUUAUACGUUAUUAUAUGUAUAUGAAAGGUGAAAUGAAAUUCUAGAUACAUAUAGGUUUAUUGAAAAUAUGGUCGUAAUCGAAGAAUUUUAUCUCCCAUUACUAGAAAUAUUAUCGAACAAUUUUUCCAGUGGAAUCUGAUAAAAUUGAAUUAAAUUGUAUUUUAUUAUAAUAGUAUAUUGAAUUGUUCAAAUUAGUAAGGAAUAUUGUAAACUAAACGCGUCAUACAUUCUCCAAGUAAAUAUCGGUAUAUCUGUAUACAAAUAUUUAUAUGUAUAAUUGGAUGGUAGGAGAAAAUCUGAUAAUGUAAUAAAUGAAACUGUAUAGACACGUAUAUGUAUAAGCACAAUCGGGUAUGUUCCUAUACGUACAUACGCACACAUGUACGUACAUAUGUAUAUGAAAAACUAGCGAGGUAGAUAAUUUGAAAUAGGUAAGCAGUACUAUUAGAGAUAUCGACGGUUGCGGUUGCCAAUAUUCCAUACAUUUGUCGCGUAACAUACUAAAGAAUAACGUGCAGACUUUGCAGUUACGUGGAUGUGUAAACCAAAGAGUUUGAAACGAUGCACCAUAAAACGGGUCGUAGUUUCUUUCGACGUUUAUUCAGUAGAUCUUUCAGGUAAUAACAUUAAUUACAUUGUAUCGGUAAGAUCGUAUCGUACUAUUCAGAUAUCUGAUAAUACAUAUCAGAUACAGGAUCGUUACAAUAUACUACUUUCUAUUGCAAUAAUAAUACGUUAACAUUCCAAUUAUUCAAACUAAAAUAAAAAUUAUAAUCGCUUCGUAAUACAUGGACCACUCGUUAAAUGUAUAUAUACAAUAAAAAAAAAAAAAAGGAAAUAUGUAAACAUUUUAAUACAAUUCGUAUGCAGUUUUGAAGAUAUACAUAUAUAGAUCAUUUGUUCAAUAAAAUAUCGCAGUGCUGCUCGUUACGUUUACGUUAUCGUGUAGCGAAUAAUGAAAGAAUGAACGAAUAAAUAUAUUUCGCUAUACUAAGUACUUUCCUUUCGUAAACCACUCGUGAAAAGAGAAGAAUUCUUUAAAUUAUAUGUAUAAUUAGCUAGCUUCAGGCCUCGAAAAGUAAAAUCCGCUACUGGUCAAGAUAGUAAAUGUUCGGUCGGCGUCGGGCUGAUAUUCGUAAUUCGGUAACCGAAUAUUACCGAACUCGGCCGAAAGCUGUAUUUCGUUCGGUUGGGUACCUUCCUACCUUCACCAUGGGUGUUUUCACCAGUUAACAGCAGUUUUCACCUCUCUGUCGGUUUCUCGUGAAAAGUCUGUUCGUGUUUCGUAUUUGCUCGCAAAGAUGAAUAAAGCGAUCGCAGACACAGAGGUGUCUUUAAACACCGUAUAGAGUACGCUUGUCACGUAAUCGUACAUUUUCACGUUGAAUUGGCCGCGUGUUUUAUAUUUCGGGCAAGUCUUCGUUGUCGUGAAUGUGAAAAUUAGAAUUUUGACGGAUUCGAUUUAAUGCAAUGGCGACGACGUUGCUACUUUCCAUUACGUUGUCUACGUUUUUCCUAACCAUCGUUCGUUGUUGUUGUUAUUGUUGUUGUUGUGCUAUUCAUGACUCUCGCUAUUACGCGGUACCAGUGCUAAAACAUUGACGAUAGAAAUAAAAGUGAUCUUCCGGUGAAAGAAUAUUUACGUUGCUCGUAAAUAUUGUGAUGGCCGGUCCGUGGAACAAGUUCAAAUUUAGCGGGCUGUAUUACCCGUAUAACAGUGUUUUUUCCUUAAAAUUUUUAUAAUUUUUCAGAAUUGUUAUUUUGUCCGUUGGUUGGGUGUGUUGCGAUUCGAUCGAUAGUUAUUCUUUUAACGUGUCUGUGAAACGAGGAGCACCAGGCACCAGGGGUACCGGUUUCAAACUUGCUUCUGUAUUUUAUUUUCUGCCUCUUUGCAUUUUCAAGACUUUGAAUUUGUGUUUCUUGCACACCUUAAAUCUUAAACUGUGCUUCAACCUUUUUAAACUACUUCGAACGGAGACACUACGUUAUUUAUUGUUCGAUAGAAAAACAGGAUAUGCUUAUAUGUACUUAGAAUCGCAUAAGUCCUUGUCGAGAAAUGCACGAUCCAAGCACGUCAUCGCAACGGAAACGUUUGAAUUAGCAUUUUUUCUAUUAUAUCAGUAUCAGUUUAAGCGGUCUGUCGUUAGGUGACUUUAUUCAAUCACGGAACGAAGUAAAUAAAUAGAUAAGUCGCAAGACUAAUAGAGCAAUCGUAAAUGUUUGAUCGAAUAUCUUGGACGCGCGUCAAAUUUCUUCUCGAAUGUUGCUUUUAUUUCCAUGUUGCGUGCAGAACAAUGCAAACGAACUGUUUAUCUAACGAUAAUGUUUCGUUGAUCGAUAGACGCUGAACGAAACAUAUUGCCGUUUAUAUAAUUAUGUGAAAUACACAUUACGAGUAGCUCUAAGUACCAAUAAAUAGUAAUAAUAAUAAAAUUGAUGUUCCGUAACCUAACCUGAAACAUAGACGGGCCAUAUUAUGACGUCAAGCUUAGAUCAGCGCGAACUCGACGAAAAUGCGUACACCAAUCGAGCUACCUCUGUUUUUAUAUCACGUGAAACUUUCGAAUAUUUACAAGUGUUCGAUAGGUAUUAUGGUAGAUGUCGAUGGAAGAAUCGUUAAUUUCUUAAGAAGAAGAGAAGAAGCUUCAACAAGAGAGUCACCGAUUUUAUGAAUUAUAUAGCAGUUUAAAGACUCCUAUGCAUUUCCUCGUUUUUCUUAGUGACUUCUAUAUAAAACGUUUUAAAAAUCAUAGUGCAUUUUUGUGUUCACCUUGUAUAAUUACGCCUGCAUUCUAUAUAAACGGACCUAUGGAUGUACAAGAAAUGUUUUAAAAUUUUAUUAGAAAUCGUCUCGAGACAUGUGUGGUGUGAAAAUUUUAUAUUUGCACCAUCGUACUUCGAUAUCCAUGCAAAAGGAUCAAACGUGAAAAUAUUGGAGGAACAAUUUCGAAAGAAGCGAAAAGAGUUUUUGUAUUUCAUGAUACGGCAACAGUGAAUUUGUACAUUGGAGAAAUUUGAAACUAUAUAUAAAAAUGGGUAAUUGUUUCAGCAGUCCGACAGAUACAGAAAAAGAAAAGCCUGAUAGAAUAGGCAAUCCGAAUAUAGAGGCGGUCGCUUCUCAAGCUAGUCCAGUGCCGACGCCGCCUCCGGAUCCUAUUAGACCUAUGCCACAAAUACCAGAUGCUGAUGUACCAACUGCAAAAAUUUUUGUAGCUCUCUAUGACUACGAUGCACGUACAGACGAAGACUUAAGUUUUAGAAAAGGUGAACACCUAGAGAUUUUAAACGAUACUCAAGGAGAUUGGUGGCUAGCUAGAAGUAAAAGAACUCGCCAAGAAGGAUAUAUCCCCAGCAAUUACGUUGCAAAGUUAAAGUCUAUCGAAGCAGAACCAUGGUACUUUAGAAAGAUUAAACGAAUCGAGGCUGAAAAAAAAUUAUUACUGCCGGAAAAUGACCAUGGGGCAUUUUUAAUCAGAGAUUCUGAAAGUCGACACAACGAUUAUUCUCUUUCAGUACGCGACGGUGACACAGUUAAACAUUAUCGUAUUAGGCAAUUGGACGAAGGUGGUUUCUUCAUUGCUAGGAGAACCACGUUCAGGAAUCUUCAGGAUCUCGUCGAACAUUAUAGUAAAGAUGCCGAUGGACUGUGCGUAAAUCUCUGCAAACCUUGCGUGCAGGUUGAGAAACCUGUUACCGAGGGUCUUAGUCAUCGCACACGGGAUCAAUGGGAGAUCGAUCGUUCGUCUCUGAAAUUUGUGAGAAAAUUAGGCCAUGGCCAAUUCGGGGAGGUAUGGGAAGGAUCAUGGAAUAACACCACUGCAGUGGCAAUAAAGACGCUCAAGCCAGGAACUAUGGAUCCUAAGGAUUUCUUAGCAGAAGCACAAAUUAUGAAGAAAUUACGACAUGCAAAAUUAAUUCAACUGUAUGCUGUAUGCACUUUGGAAGAACCUAUUUAUAUUAUCACAGAAUUGAUGCGGAAUGGUAGUUUAUUGGAAUAUCUGCAAGGAAAAGGCAAAAAUAUAAAUUUACAACGACUAAUUGAUAUGGCUGCACAAAUUGCAGCGGGUAUGGCAUAUCUUGAAUCACAAAAUUACAUUCAUAGAGACUUGGCAGCUCGUAAUGUUUUGGUAGCAGAAUUAAAUGUAGUAAAGAUUGCAGAUUUUGGUUUAGCUAGGUUGAUUAAAGAAAAUGAAUACGAGGCUCGAGUAGGAGCUCGCUUUCCUAUUAAGUGGACUGCACCGGAAGCUGCAAAUUAUAGUAAAUUCAGUAUUAAAUCUGACGUGUGGUCGUUCGGUAUCCUUCUCAGUGAACUGGUCACUUAUGGCAGAAUACCUUAUCCAGGUAUGACAAAUGCCGAGGUUCUUCAUCAAGUAGAACACGGUUACAGAAUGCCAGCUCCACCAAAUUGCCCAGAACAACUAUACGACAUUAUGUUAGAAUGUUGGAAUAAAGAUCCAGUGAAAAGGCCAACAUUUGAAACACUACAGUGGAAACUCGAGGAUUUCUUUACAUUGGAAGGUUCUGAGUACAAGGAAGCGUCUGCAUAUUGAAGUACUAAAUAAAGUACUAUUUUUUGUUAUAAUAUGCAUCGUUAAGAUACUGACAAGAUAUGAUAGAUAUUCUGUAUGAAUAUGCAACGAGAAAAAUGCAGAUUACUAUAAUUAACAAUUGAUUAAAAACACGGAUGUUUGUGAUAUUUCAGAGUACAUUUUAUAGUAAACGAUAGUCUUCUUUCUACAAAAGAUAAACGAUGUCGUUUAUAUUUUGAGCAAUAUCAUUAUACAGAUUGCUUUUCGUUACAUAUUCUGGCUGCCAUAAAAUCGUAGAACAAUUUUGGUCAAUUCAUCGGUAAUUAUGCAACGGAGAUUGGUACUUUGAUGACUUUUAAAAUGAUGACGUAAAUGAAAUUUUAUUUUAAGAAAUUAUAUUCUGAUCGUGUAAAUGUCGAAUAUCGAUAAUGUCCUUGGACAAUAUUUAUGGGAGUUAACAUUUUUAACGUAGGAAUUUGUUAUCCAUCACUCUUGACGAUAUAAUACAAGUCAAACGUAUUAUAAAUAUUUGAUGUACGUAAGAAAUCUUUGAGACAAUGUUUAGCCAAUUUAAAUAAACUUUCCAUCUUUUCGAAAAGAUGGUCCGUUAGGAUUUAAAUUGUACAUGUACGAUACGACGGAUUAUCGUCCGUCUCGAUUCAUCAUUCCUUCUUCCAUUUCAUUCUUUAUUUCAAGUAAAAUAAUUUCUGGAUAUUAACAAAUUGAAAUGAUAGAUAGUUUAAUUUUCGUAUGUUUAAAAGGAAACAUUUUUAAACUUGGUGAUCGAAGUCAAUGUAAACCUAACACUUUUUCGCUAUUACAUAUAUUUGUUUCAUAACCUUCCCGAAUAUGUUAACUCUCAUUGUCAGUCAUUUUCAGAAAAUAACACGUUAUUAACUAAGAACAAUGCAUCUAACCUAAAAAUGAUUCUUAGUUGAUGAUAGUAACGGUAGUAAAUGUGUAAGAUAACAUAAGAAAGUACACAAGGGUAUUAAUAUUAAUGUUAUUAGAAACAUGUAAACUCGUAAUGCCCGAAUUUCUGAGUUAAUCGUAUACACGUAGUACGUUAUAGUUUUAGAGCGUCAGAAUUAGUAUUAACUAUUAUUAAAAUUGCACUCUAUCAUGAUUUCGUAUGAAUUAAAUUUAUUUUUAUUCAUUUUUUAUUUCGAGGAUUUUUGACUUUUACUAAUAUUUUAUAUAUUUAAAGGCUAUAAUAAUAUAAUGAUAAUAAUUUCACAAUUAAACGGUAUAAAAUUACGGAAUAGUACAUGGAAACUCAUCGGUAAUUUGUAGUUUUUUCAUUUUCAUUAAAGGUUUUAGAAUAAACAAACAUGUUAUACAUAUACGUGCAUGUUGUAUAUGCUUUAGUUUGUCUACAUUUUUACACAGUAAAGGUAUGAUAUCGUAUCUAAUAUUUAUUUACUUAUAAUAUUUCUUUUUCUUUUUCUUUGUCUUUUUUAAGAAGUUUUAAUCUCGAUACAACUGCGCACUCAUUUUCCAUUCUAUGUAAAAAAGAUCAAUCUUGUUUACGAAAAGACAUAAAAAAUUUGUACGGCGUAUACUUGGAACUCGACAUGGUUUAUUUUGCUUUUCUAUUCAAACGCAUAAGUUUAACAAAUUAGUCUAGUCGGAGACCACUGUGUCGCGAUUAUUUUCACGACGUCAACUACAUGUAAAACUUGACAUUUUUUAGACAUGAAAAUAAUACAGACACUGCCAAAAGUGUGCACAGGUCAAUUGCAUCGGUAUCGCGCUUAGACAGGAAUAAUUUAAAUGGAUCGUUUCUUGUCAAAUUCUUUGGUUUACUAUCUUACCGUUAUUAUAAUUAGAAGAAAAUUAGAAGAUUUUAUAACGACAAUAUUUGAUUAGCGGUUAUUUUACAUUGAAAUGAAAUUUUUGAGAAACUUUAAUUGUCUUUGUGAUUAUCUGAUAGUUAAUCGAAAGUGUUUUGCCACGUUAUCGUUUUGAAAAAAUUAUACUAUACGUAGCGAAUAAUAUCGAAACCGAUGUUGGGGAGAAUCGCAGAAAUCAUUUAUGUAGGGUAUGUCAGGCGAUUUUGUACAAAAAUAAAUUUUUAUAUAAGCAUA